AUGGUAGAGAAAUCCUCGUCGAAAGAGCCUUUCGCAGAGGUGCUUGACGCUGCAUGGCAGGGCUUUCGCCACACGCUUCUGGAGGCACAUGCCGACACUGCUGCGGACGAUCCGACAUUAUCGGCACACCUGGAGAUGUUGCAGAGGAUCAAGGCGGAGUCGCCCGGCUGGAGGCCGGCGACUGACUCCCACACUUUCAGCUCCGAAGGUGUGGGCAGCACAGGCAUGUAUGAGAAGGCGGUGGAGCAGGAGGCCACCAUCAACAACGCGUGGAGAGCAGAGGCCACCGAUCCGGCGGCACAGAAAUCUGUUCGACACAGGCUGCAGGUUCGGUUGAAUAUCCUCUCCUCGCAGCAGCUGAUAUCGGGAAAGAAUCUGCAUGAUGCAGUGACAUCUUUGGGUUUGACAACAUACACAGUCGAGGACAUGAAUGACCUUGUGAAUGCAAUGGCCGCCUUUAUCAACCUUCGCUUCGUCAAGAAGGAGGACUCUCAGCUCUCUCAGCUGACACGCGGCCGGUCCACGAACAGCAUGUUCUCGACUCAGGAGCACGAGAACUUGGGCAAGGCUGUUUGGCAGUGGCCAUCUAUGGAGAAGGGAACGCAGACAGAGACGACGACGGGUGAACAUCGAAUCUUCGACUUCAAUGUCGUGCCUGCCAAAGCCCUCAUGGAUAUCUUCCUCCGCAAGGAUGCAGAGAUUCAACGGCGCAUCUUCCCAGCACGCUCGAUAAAACAGUUUCAGGCCAUGAGGGAGAUUCUCCUGGCCGGUGACACAAACAAGCUGGUGGCCGAGCUGACGUUCGUCCGCAUCAACGACUUAGCUGCACCGCCAGAGGCAGUGGACGCUUUGUUCUACAUCGAGCCUGUGGUCUGCAUGCUGAUUCUGGUGAACGGUAUUCUGAUCGGCUUCCAGACGGACCCCCGCUUUGAGCAUUGGCCGGGCUGGCCUUACGUGGAGCUGGCCUUUGCCAUUCUUCUGGUGCUGGAAUGCUGCAUGCGAGUCUGGCUCUCCGGGGGCCUUCGGGGCUUCUUCUGCUCAUCUGAGCGGCUCUGGAACCUGUUCGAUCUGUUUUUGGUAUGCACAGCAGUCACGGACGUGAGUUUCCAGCUCACCAUGCAGGAGAACUCGGACAUGUUCGGCGCCUCACUGUUACGAUUCUGCCGCCUGAUACGGCUGGUUCGUGUGGUGAAAGUAUUCCGUCUGAACUACAUGAAGGAGCUGCGUUUGAUGGUCAAGGGCUUGGUUGGUGGUAUCCGCACUCUGCUGCUCGCCUUCGCCCUGCUGUUUGCGGUCCUUUACGUUAUCGCCGGGUUCGCCACGAUGACCAUCGGGCGUGAUAGUCGCACUCCAGGAGAUCUCCAGGGCCACUUCGAGAACAUCCCGCAGUCUAUGUUCACUUCCUUUCGCUGCUUCUCGGGCGAGUGCUUUGCCGACACAGGUGCACCCAUUGCCUCGGUAAUGUCCUCUGUCUUUGGCUGGCCCUUUGUCCUCUCCUACGUGCUGAGUUACAUGCUUGUCUCCAUGGGAAUCUUCAAUGUGAUCCUUGCAGUGUACGUGGACAUCACCAUGCGUGCGGCCAAGGAGACGGAAGCUACGACGGCGGAGCAGUACUCACGAGAGUCCAUCCGCAUCGCUCGGACCACUCGCAUCUCGGGUGAUCCGGCAGUUGCGAAGCAAGCUGGCAAAUGCACUGCAGACCAAGAGUCGGAAGGAGAGCAAGUUACGACCCGUCCGGAAGGAUGGGAGCCACCGUGCCCGUGCCCAUGCCACGUACACUGGCACCCAAGAGCUCAGGGUGGCCCUGGUGAAGGGCCUGGGCAAGCGCUUGAGGGACGGCGACCUUGCCCGUUUCCGGCCGUUCACGUGGCCACAGCUCUGCCAAAGGGACAAGAAGUCGAAGGUGCGGCUGAAGUUGAGGGCUGCCUGGAGGUGCACUGGGUGUGUUGCGUGCUUUGUCAACUUGAGGGUAGCAAAGAAGCACAAGUGCGAGAACACGUUGGGAUGGCGAGUCCGAAGUCGCCUUCGGGCUUUGGCCGUGGUUCGGCGAACCGAGAGUCAGUACGGGCACGGCAUUGCGCCGGCGCUGCUGGAGGGGCUCCUCACCUUGGCUGCAGCAGUAAUGCUGGGCGGCGACCCUUUGGAUCAAUGAUCGUCGUCGCCACAUUGAAUAUUCAGCUGGCGGCUGCAGCCAAGAUCAAUUCGAUUAUCGGCCUCUUCGGCGAGGACGAGCGGCCGUUGGAUGUGCUCUGUGUCCAGGAGCUGGGGCUGGAUGUGCCUUCGGCACCGACCUUUGUCUCUAUGGCACAGGGCGCUGGUUUGCAUGUUUUUCUAGGAUCGGCGGAGAGCGGCAAGCACAGAGUCGCCGUCAUUUCGCGGCUCGCGGGCAAGGCCGUCCAUAUGUGCAGUGAUCGGGCGGCCGCCGCCUGUUUUCAGCUCCUUUGCAAUGGGAGCCUUACCAAGGUGUUGAUCUCAUCCUUCUAUGGGUGUGUGCAUGACGAGGACGCGGCCAUGGCUGGUGCAAGGGCGGCCGUGGUGGGCGAGCUGGCUGCAGGGCUGGCUUUUUCCUGGGAUGCCGCUUUCGAGAACGACACGUCGUUGCCAGGGACUCGCGUCUCUGAGGAGGCUUGGAGGGCAGUGUGGCAGGCCAAGGAUUUCGAGGAUGAGCUGGCGGCGGGCCUUGUCAAUGAGGCCUGGGUUCGACUUUCGGACACGGCGCAGGAUCUCCUGGCGGAGGAGGGUUCUCACGGCCCUCGGCGGUCACAGCUGUGGCGGCCCUUGACUCGUGCCCCUCAGCGCAGCAAGGCCGCUCUCCCUGGUGCUGCGGUGCUCGUGAUCCAGCUUCGGCGGCUGCAGCGACGGUUGGGUCAGUUGCUUCGCUUUCCUGGCAACCAGCGGCUUCGGGACAAAGCGGGGCGGCAAAUUUGUGCUCUAUGCCCUAAGGUGCCGUGGCUCGGGGAGGUGCCAUUCUUCGAGAUGGAGCACUGGGGCUCGUUGAACGACCGCAUCGGCGAGCUCGAGCAGAGGCAGAAGACGGAGGCCAUUAGCCAGUGGCGCGAGCGGCUGGGGCAAUCGGAGCAGGAGAUGGUCACGUGGAUCGCUGUGGGGGCGGAGUGGUGCGAAGGGGCAGGCCCUGAUGCAGAGCGCGAGGGCAACUGGCUUUUGGACUGCAUUCGCCAGACUUUGGGCGAGGGUCGUGGAGCUCGGUGUGACGCCGGAUGGAUGGAGGACCAGGUGGCCUGGCAGAAGCUGCUGGAGUACGGGGCUGUGGAUAAGCCCACGAAAUCUAUCGUGAUGCUGGAUGCGCUGCCGACUGGCAUAGACUGCUGCCACGUCGAGGCUGCCAUUGUCCCGCCAGCUGAAGAGGUCGUCAUAGUACUAGGUAGUGAUGGCAUCGCCGCCAUCUCCAAAAUCCCUCCAGUCGUGGCCAAGACACUGUCGCCCAAGGGCGCCAUAGAAGAGGCAGCAGGUGGAACAGCAACUGACAUGACCCUGUCCAGCAAGUCGAUCGCAGCCAAGAACAAUGCAGGCACUGACUGA